AUCUUGUCAUCCCACUUCUCGUUACUUUUUUCACAGAAUUCACUGCCAGCCAAGAUCAUGAUAAAAUUAAGAUUUUUAAGUUAACAGUUUAUAAAACAUAACUUUAUUAUGCAAGUUUAACGGAAUUAAGAAUAUGUAAUGUUUUAACGUUAACUAUAUUUACAAUUAUUGUGCAGUAAGAAAAACGAGUUAUUUAGAAGAUAUAGGACAGGGAGCAGUGUAAAUAAAGUUGGAAAUUAACAUUACUUAUUGAAUACCAUGAGUGAAUUGGAGGCUUGGGAAGAUUUGUCUAACAUACCAGCAGAUCCUCCAGUCAUGCGCGAUCUUUGUGCAGCAUGCGAGAGACCAUCAGUAGUGUGUUGGUGUUCAGCCCUGCCCGCAGAGAGGUUGACCCCCCAAAGCAAUGUCAUCCUCCUGCAACAUCCAGCUGAAGAGAAAAGAUGUCUACGCACUGCUCCUAUGUUACAACUAGGACUAGCUGAAAACAAGUGCCUUAUUUUUAAAGGAAAGAAAUUCCCACUGCCUAAACAUGAAAACUUAGAAAAUAUUUUACUGCAGCCCAAUACAGUACUACUUUAUCCUAGCAAAACUGCUGUAGACAUUAGAGAUUUAGAAAAUAAGGACGAAUCUUAUAAUCUUGUACUAAUUGAUGGUACAUGGCCUCAAGCUAAAGCAAUAUAUGCAUCUAGCCCUAUAUUACAUAAGAUAAAACAAGUGAAACUGUUAACAAGUACAAGUAGCAGUUAUAUCAUAAGGACGCAACCCACAGAAGGCUGUUUAAGUACACUAGAAACUGCUGCAGAAGCCCUUUCACAACUGGAAAAUAAUCCCCUAUACAAGGAACAAUUAGUUCAACCCUUGCACAUGUUGUGCAAAUAUCAGUUAGAGAAUGGUGCAGUAACACACCAAUCAAAAGAAUUCCUUAUAAAAACAAAAACUUACCCUAAAUUAAUUGGUAAAAGAUUAUCAAAGCUGUUAAAGUCUACAAACGAAUGUGUUCUGAAUCAAAGUUAAAUAUUGCAAUAUUAUAAUUAUUAUAAUAAAUAUUUACACGUUA